AACAAUCACACCAAACACAUACACAACAAACGGAAAGAAAACAAAAACAAAAAUGGUUGCAAUCUCUGAGAUUAAGUCGACGGUGGAGGAUACGGCGGCGAACUGUCUGAUGCUCUUAUCAAGAGUCGGACAAGAACCCUUGGGAGAUCAAAAACGCGUUUUCACGUGUAAAACGUGUUUGAAGGAGUUCCAUUCGUUUCAAGCGUUAGGAGGUCACAGCGCGAGCCACAAGAAGCAUAACAACAGUGAGAAUCUCUCUGGAAUGAUAAAGAAAGCUAAAGCACCGUCGUCGCAUACUUGUCCGAUAUGCGGAGUAGAGUUUCCGAUGGGACAAGCUCUAGGAGGUCACAUGAGGAGACACAGGAACGAGAGUGGCAGCGGCGUAGCAUUGGUUACACGGGCGUUAUUGCCGGAGCCGACGAUGACGACGUUGAAGAAGUCGAGCAGCGGGAAGAGGGUGGCUUGUUUGGAUCUGAGUUUGGGGAUGGUUGAGAAUUUGAAUCUCAAGUUGGAGCUUGGAAGAACAGUUUGUUAAUUAAUUUGUUUCUUUUGUCUGAAUAUAUUAAUGAGUUUCUCUCA